AUGAUUCAUAAAGAAUUCCCUGUUAAAGAAACUCUGAAAAGUUCAUUACCCAAUCUAAAACCAAAAUUCAGUUCAAUUCAUAGAACGCAAAAUGAUGAAGAAACUAAUGAAAAUAUUGAAAAUUCAGAACAUCAUUUAGAACUUUUCAGAUCAUUAACUACUAAAAAUGUUAUCAAUGUAAUCAGAGUUUAAACUGUCAAUGAUCGAUGGAUUGGUAUUUAGCUUAAAGAUCCUUAUGUCACUUGUGGAUGGUUACUAUCAGAAGUCAUAAGGAAAUUUAGUUAAUUAGAUUUAAACUAUGAUCCAUUUAAUAUUGUUGGAUUCAAAACUAACAACAUUCACCUAGAUUAUCAACUAAGUUGUUUACACCUAUUAUUACCUAACUUAAAUGGAGUUCUCCUAAUUCCACAAUUACGUAAAGGCUUGAAAGAACCUAUUAAUAUAGACUGGUUUGAAAUAAUAAAGAAAUUAGGUGCUGGCAGCUUUUCUGUUGUUUAUUUAGUUAGAAAUAAAGAAAAUGGAUAGUUUUAUGCUAUGAAGGUUACUGACAAAUAAUUAAUGGCAGAAAAUGAGAAGGAAGACUUAGUUAUUAAGGAAAGAUAGAUUCUUACUCAAUUAAAUCACAAAAGGAUAAUUAGUUUACAUGCUGCUUUCUAAUCAAAAUCGAAGCUAUACUUUAUUUUUGAUUAUUGUCCAGGUGGAGAAUUGUAUUAUCAUUUGAGAAAUCAGAAAAGAUUUAGUGAAGAUCAAGCCAAAUGGAUAUUUGUAUAAAUAUUAGAUGCCAUUCAAUAUCUUCAUUCUAAGAAUAUCAUUUAUAGAGAUCUAAAACCAGAGAAUAUUUUAAUUGAUUUGGAUGGCUAUCCUAAAUUAAUCGAUUUUGGAUUAAGUAAAAUUGUUGAAAGUCAAGAGGAUCUGAAUUUUUCAUUUUGUGGAUCUUUGGAAUACAUGGCUCCUGAAAUGAUAUCAUUGAAAGGACAUAACUACACAAUAGAUUAUUAUUAAUUAGGUAUAUUAUUGUAUGAGAUGGUUGCUGGAAUUCCUCCAUUUUAUGCCAAAACUAGAUAAGAGAUGAUUAAAAAUAUUUUGUCUAAACAAGUCAGUUUUCCUAAGUUCUUUUCAAAAAAUUUAGUUGAUCUCAUAUCUAAUUUGUGCAAUAAAAAUGUAGACGAGCGAUUAUGCGGCAAAAAAAUCUUAUAGCAUCCUUGGCUCUAGGGUUUCAUAAGAAAAAUGCCAAUUAAAUACAAAAUAGAUUCUUUUCAUAUUGAUAAAUUGUUUAUGAAUUAAAUGACUUAGGACAUAGAGAAUGGGCCCAGAUGUAUAGUUGAAGAAAUUAAUCUAUAGACAAUGGCAUAAUCAAUAAAAGAAGAGGAUUGGUGCGCAUUUGAAAAAUUUUAAACUUUUUACUACAAAAAAUAAUGA